UCGGAGUAGUUUUUCUAUGUUAAUAGUUUCUAGAUUAUAGAGUGGGCUUAUUAUGAUGAUAUGUGUUCCAGCAUACAGUAAAGCAUCGACGUUUGUUGCUCCAUGAUCAAAGACACUCUUCAUGUUUCUCUUAUUUAUUCCUUGCAAUAGAACGCUGCAUAAAAACGACACGUGAGUCCAAGCCACUUUAAAAAAAACAGUCCAUGGCAGGACAGAAAUUUCCAAUACUAAAACGGCAAAAGUUUAUUCAACCGGACAAUUGCUGGUCGUAUCCGGAGCAUGUCGCGGACUCAGGAGGGAGUCAAUAAGCGGCACCCAAAACUAUAGUCCCGAUGGACUUGGUAAAGUUUAUUAGUUAUAACGUGCACGGUUCAAAGAGCAUAGUGACAGUGUACACACAUGCUCUACAUACAACCACCAUGGGUACGGCAACAUGCAGGGUCUAAACAAACACUUGAGCUUUAGAUAAUAUCUAAAAAUGUUUAAAAUUCAGUUGAUUAACAAUAAAUUUGCCUGCACCGCUUCGAUUUAUUAGCUGGAAUGUCCGCUUCAUUUUCUCCAUACCGCCGGGCUGCCGGAGCAGCAGCGGCUGCCGUACUGGGUCUCCCCGUCCUAGGAGCAGCCUACCUCCGGUUGAAAUAUGGCCCUCGACUCACGGACGACAUUGCGGAGCUGUACGCUAGCUACCUGGUCCUAAAACGGCUCAAGUACAUGGAGAAAAACCACAUCUUCAUGAUAGAUGUGUUCGAGUCCCGCGUGAAGGAAACUCCUGAUAAAACAUUCUUACUCUAUCAAGAUGAAAAAUAUACUUUUAGUGAUCUGGACAAGGAAGGGAACAGGCUGGCAAGAUUUAUGCAGAGUGAUGGUAGAUUACUGUGCAAGGAUUCGGCUGCCAUUUUGAUGCUGAAUGACCCUGGCUUUCUGGUGACGUGGUUGGCUUGCAGUAAGCUUGGUCUGAAGACGGCUUUCUUGAAUUAUAACUUAAAGAGCAGUGCUCUUUUGCACUGCAUCAAGGCAUGUACAGUCAGAGCUGUUUUGGUUGGAAAAGACAAGCGUCUUCUAAGUGCCCUGGAACCGAUCCUACCAGAUCUCCAGAAGCUUGGCAUCAAGGUAUGGGUCUACGGUAAAGUCGAUGCCCUCCCUCUACCGGCGGGUAUGGUCCAGGUGAUGACAUGGGGUGUGGCGAGUGAUCCACUUCCUAAGAGUGUACGAGAUGGGGUCAUCAUGGAUGAUGUUUCGGUCUACAUUUUCACGUCAGGGACUACCGGUUUCCCAAAGCCAGCCAAAGUAUCUCAUUUUCGUUCCAUUGGUGGAUGCUCAAUCAUGUCGUCACAAGUUGGCAUCAGCAGUUCGGAUAUCUUUUAUGUCACUCUACCUCUUUACCACAGUAUGGCGUUUGGCAUGGGUCUCAUGACCUCCAUACUUUCAGGUUGUACCAUUGCAAUAGGAACGUUCUCACCGAAGACUUUCUGGGAUGACGUCAGGAAGUACCGGGCCAAUGUGAUAUUUUAUAUCGGUGAGAUCUGCCGCUAUCUGCUCGCACAACCUAAGCGGCCCGAUGAUGGCCAAUACGAACACAAGGUGAAGGCAGCGUUUGGUCUCGGUCUACGUCCAGACAUCUGGGUGGAGUUUGAGAAGCGAUUUAACAUUGCCCAGGUAUAUGAGAUGUAUGGAGCGACAGAAUGUCCAAUGAUGAGUAUCAACUUAGAAGAUAAAGUCGGCAGUGUCGGCAGGCAUGGAGGUCUCGUCAAGGCACUUAUGAACUUCCUGGAAAUCUUGAAAUGUGACAUAGAAACUGCUGAGCCAAUCAGGGACGCUAAUGGGAUGUGCAUUCUUGCAGCCCCGGGCGAAGCCGGUAUCAUGGUAUCUAGGUUGGAUGAGAUUCACCACUUUGACGGCUACAUGGCUGACCGCAAGACGAACGAGAAGAAACUUGUCAGAGAUGUCAAGAAGAAAGGAGAUGUUUAUUUCAAUACUGGUGACUUGAUGAUGUCUGAUAAGGAGGGCUAUCUCUACUUCACGGACAGACUUGGGGACACUUUUAGAUGGAAAGGCGAAAAUGUUGCCACCACUGAGGUCGCACAUGUCAUGAACGCAUUCCCCGGUAUCUUAGAGUCUAACGUCUAUGGUGUUCAAGUGCCAGGUCAAGAAGGAAGAGCCGGCAUGGCAGCGGUGGUGUUAAACAAAGGUGUCAACCUCAACCUCAAAGGUCUGUUCGAACACAUGACGUCAGCACUACCAAUCUACGCAUGUCCGAAGUUCCUGCGAAUGACGGACGAGAUAUCGACAACUACGACCUUCAAACACACAAAGACGUCACUCGUCAAGGAAGGGUUUGACAUCAACCUCGUUUCGGAUCCACUCUACUUCCUGGAUGUAGCAGAGAAGACUUACGUGGUGCUGGAUGACAGUGUCUUAAGACGGAUUGUUGCUGGACAAGCGAGGUUGUGAAUCUUUUAAAAUGUGAACCAAUUUCAUGGAGAAUUAACUAUUGAAUAGUAAACUUGCGGGUACAACCAAGUAUUAAAUCUCUUUUGAAGAGGUGUUGGCUCAAAAAGGGCCCGUUGGUCUCGACGUCGUUCGAACAGUAUCUGGUCGUGAAGACACCGUGCACCGUUAUUAAUUUUGGUGAAAAAAGCAACAAAUAAAUUACUUCUUGUGAUGGUAUACGUUAUGGGGAACAAUAUGAACAACUCAUUUUGUGAAUUCUCUUAUAAUCUGCCCAGAUAGGGUUAGGCGUGAUGCGGCCCCUCAAUGGCAAAACAGCCCAACUCUAAAACUAGUGGGUUUUUUAUAAUUAGAAAUUUUUUUUGUAAAUAUUGAGGGUGCUUUUCUCAUUUCAAAGUUCAAAGUUCAUUAUUAUGUAUGGAUAUGAAAAACAUGACCUAUCGGUCCCUUGUUUGCAUUUUUCGUCCCGUUUUAUGGCAAAAGAGCUGCUCAUAUCUCGUUACUUAUCUCAUCAGCCACGCUGUGCUUAUAUAAUACAACGUUUCAAACUGGCAAGACUGAAAUGCAUUGUGUUUUUGGUAAUAACUCAAAGUAUUUGUUACUGCCUGGUAACGAGCAAGAGUCCAGUGAAAUCACGGUCCGCGUCACGUGGAAGUGGAAAUUAUUGCUACGAAUUCCGGGUGUUUUUUGAAAGCAUUUCAAAGAUUAACUUCUAUGUGAAGUAUUCUCCUGAAGAUGUUCAGAGCAUACUGAUCGAACCGUUAGUGAGUUGGUUACCACCGGUUCUCUCAGAACCAAUACUACUCGAAAGAGAUUGUUCAUUUUGGUGUUACCGCAAACCUCUUACACCACUAACGUGUCUACUAACACGGGCAGCCACUUUGCGGAGUCAAAUUAUUUUCGACUCCCAUAAAUGGCCGACCGUGUUAGUUCGCAAAGUAAAAGGCAAAUCUGUGUGGAUCAUUGUAUUUUACU